GGAGUAAAAACAAACGGCUUCCUCUACUUCCUCGGCUAAAUUCUCCGUAGGGUUUAGAGUUUUGAUUCCUUCUUCUCCUGCAGCUUGGGCACGGAUGGCCCUCUCACCAAAUUUCGCUUACUCUCUUCUCCCUUCUCGAGACCCUAGUUUUCUUCCCCGAAAACCUAAUAGUCUUUCCCUCGCCACCCCAUUCUCUUAUAAACCCAUUUCAGGACCCAAUUCUCUCCCGGCCAUGGCUUCUCUUAACAUCACUCCGUCUCUUGGAAUCUCGGAGACUUUCGUUCGUCUAAGGGAACAAGGCAAAGUUGCAUUCAUACCCUUCAUUACUGCUGGAGAUCCAGACUUGUGUACCACUUCAAAAGCAUUAAAAAUUCUUGAUUCGUGUGGUUCAGACAUUAUAGAGUUAGGCAUGCCCUACUCUGAUCCGUUGGCAGAUGGACCGGUUAUUCAGGCUGCUGCUACACGAGCUUUAGCUAAAGGAACCAAUUUCAAUGCAGUAAUUUCUAUGUUACGGGAGGUAGUGCCACAGUUGUCCUGUCCCAUUGCUCUAUUUACAUAUUAUAACCCGAUUCUGAAGCAAGGGGUUGAAAAAUUUAUGUCUACCAUUAAGAAUGUUGGUAUACAUGGGCUUGUUGUGCCUGACGUUCCUUUAGAGGAGACUGAAAUUUUGAGGAAUGAAACUACCAAACAUAAUAUGGAGUUAGUGUUGCUUACAACGCCCACAACACCCUCUGAUAGGAUGAAAGCAAUCGUGGAAGCUUCAGAAGGAUUUGUGUAUCUUGUGAGCUCUGUUGGCGUCACCGGCACUCGUUCAUCUGUGAGUAUGCGCGUGCAGUCUCUGCUUCAGGAUAUUAAGAAGGCAACAGAUAAACCGGUCGCUGUGGGUUUCGGCAUAUCGAAACCAGAGCACGUAGAACAGGUUGCUGGAUGGGGGGCAGAUGGUGUGAUUGUUGGUAGUGCCAUGGUGAAGAUCUUAGCUGAGGCUAAAGACCCUGAAGAAGGAUUGAAGGAGCUUGAAAGCUUCACAAAGUUGCUCAAGGCUGCAACGCCUUGAGAAAUUCCAUUUAAAUUGUAACUUUUUUUUUUAUUUCUAUUUUCAAUUAGUUUUGAUCUUGAUGGUUAAUAAAUAGGGCUACAAACAAGUUGAAGGAGCAGCUUGGUUUUUUUUUUUUUUAAUACAAGGUUUAAAUUGACUCAGAAUAUUGCUCAGAUUGUUGUAGGAAAAAAAUAUUA